AAAGCCCACAGUAGCCUAAAGCCUAAUGUUGCUUUGUGAUUUCCGCUACCCUUCCUCACAGAUUGCUUUCAUAUUCCAAGAAACUCAAUGGAAAUUUCCAAUUUAUUGCUUGCAACUGUAUAAAACCUCAAAUCUAAGCUGCAUUUCACAACAAUUCACACCGUUUUGUAAUCCCAUAUCCUCAAUUCCGAUCAAAAUGACAGUCAAAGUCACGCCGCUUCCUGAGAAAAUUAACCCAGAUCCCGAUCACACCAACAACGUAGAUGCCGACAACAAACGCAAUAGAUUCCCGUUUCACCUCCUGAUCAUGAUGCCCACCACAAUCGGAUCCUUCGUUAGAUCGUACCGCCGCAACGACAACGACUAUUUAAUGGCGGUUUUCAGUCUGUUGGUUUUUUCAGUUUUCAUAUUGGUUGACUACUUUCUGGUGUGGUUCAUCGCUUUGGCUAAAAACGAGAAAUCCAGUCAGAAGUUUUGGCUGAAAGUGACCCUGUGGUUUCUGAACACCGGUAUCUCCUUUAUGGUUGUGUAUCUAUAUUCUUUCUUCCUCAGUUCGCAAAUUACGGUUGCUCUGUACGCCCUUAUGUUCAUCUGCACUGCCUUUUUGUUGUCUAAAUUCAUAAUCACAGAUAUCAUCGGCGAUUGGAAGAUUAUGAGUGAUGCCGGUAAAUCGAAUCAUGCUUAUUCUGUUCUGGAGAAAGUGUAAAUGGGUCGUUGCAUUUUGUGGCAUUUCUAAAUCAAUAAUAAUUUUAUUAUUAAACAAAUAAUCUACAAUAUGAUUUUGUAUAUUAUAUGAUUUCGAUUACAUGUAUACUGGCAUAUGUUAUAACUCUGUUGUGUGUUGUUUACUUGGAGUUAGUUGAUCAUUUUGAAUCCUAUAAUAUAAA